UUGUAUUUCGCAGUAGCAAUUGAUGGGUGGUCACGUGGCAUCCUCUUUCUGUGGCCCAGCCCGGUGGGUCCCACUGCCUGCUGGAUGUGGGGGGCUGGGGUAGGCCGUGAGGCGAGGCCGGGAGUGCAGGGGCCUUGGGCGGGAAGAGGGAAAGGAAUGGAGGGCGGCAAUGACCACUAACCCCAGUGGAGGACAAGAAGGGUCAGAAGACGGCUGGUUGCCAGCCAGCCAGCCAGCCGAUCUCCAAGUGCCAUUUGGGCUAUCUUCCGCACAUGUGGCUGCCCAUGCGCCCUGCCCAGGGAACUCCGGGGGCUCCGGGCAUCUCCUGGCGCCGGCGGAAAUCUCUCCACUUCCCGGCUCCAGUGUCUCGCCAGCAGUAUUACCGGUGGCUCCCCUUGGCGCACUCUUCAGCCAGUACACGUUGGGUCCUGUCCAACUAGUUAUCCCGCUCCGAUAAGGUUUUGUUCCGAAUGGAACCGUUGGAGGUGCUUCGGGGUAGUGAGGCCCAGGCUGGAUGUUGUUCCCAGGUGCCUCUGCGCCAGUGUGCGGCUGGCACCGGCCUCGGCCACAAUUCCAACAGGGCGGCUUUUGGCGGCUUUUCCCGAUAUCCGUGUGCCAUAUCUUCCUGGUCCUCCCCGUUCCCAGCCAACUCUGUCACCUUCCAGUUCUUCUAACAAGUGACCGUUAAGAGGAACUUUAACUCCACAAUCUUGGUGUAUUCCAGAAUGAAGGUGGGACCCAGGCAGGCAGGUGAAACGGAACACUUUCCCCCCAGCGGCAUGCACCCUUGGGAAAACUCCUGAAAUCCAUGCUGGACCUCGAGAGACAUCGGGCUGACCCAGAACCCUCAGAACAAACAACCCCUCUGCUCGUCACCAUGGAAACAGCCACAAAGCCUUGGCUGGGUCCCUGAGCUCACAGUCUGCCCCAGGUGGACUCCGUUCUGUCCCGGGCCGGCUCCCCCAGGAACACCAAGGAUGGCUGGGCAGCCUGUGGAGGAAAUCUUCAGCUUGGAGUGUUUGGGCAGCGAUGGCGGGCAGGAGCUGAGGGUCCACAACCCUUCCUGGACCAUCUCGUGGCCCUCCAUCCUGAGCAGCGACCUGGUGGGGACCCCGGACUCGGCCACGACCUUCGAAGGCGCCGAUGGCCUGCCCUCCUCCGCCUCCCUCCUGAUGUCGCCCAACGCCGGCCUGGGCCUGCACCUGGAGCACGCCAACCCCAGGCUCCUGAAGCUGCUGCUGGCCCAGAGGGACCUGGAGAUCCAGAGCCUUCGGGAGGCCGCUCGGUGUCCCGCGGGGAAGCGGAUGAACUACAUCCUCCGCGUGCUCACGGACGCCAAGCCGGACAGGUCAGGAGCCUGGGAGCCCGGCUCCCCUCCCGGGGCCCCCCCCCGGCCCCGCCGUGACCACAGUCCCCACAGGGCCCCCCAGGACCAGCUCAAAGACCUCCAGCAGCAGAUGGAGAAGAUGACCGAGGAGCUGAAGGGCCAGAAGGAGAGAGCCGACCAGGAGAAGCUGGAGCUGGAGGCUCAGCUGAAGGAGGCCAAGGCCACCAUGCAGCAGCUGGAGGACGAGCUGCUGUCCUUCCAGCGCUCCUGCCUCCUGCAUUUGGCCCGGACUUCCUGGGCUGGCCGCGUCCUGCGCUCCCAGACCGGCAGCGUGGAGGUGGUGACCGCCGAGGCCCUGAUGAUGGACGUGAGCGACGAGUCCCUGGAGCUGAGCUCUUCCGAGGGGCAGCACUUCCGCCUGGAGGACGUAGACUGGAACAGCGUGGCUCACCGCUACCCCAACCUGUUUGAGGACAUUUCUAAAAUCAAGCACAGGCCCACCUCUGCCCAUGUGCUGGACCCCCCAGACUACCCUGAGGCCCCUCGGGCCAGGCGCGAGCAGUUCCGAUUCAAGAGCGUGGACUGGAGUCUGCCGCUGCCCCAGAAGUCCGCCAGCUCCACGGCCAUGGCCGUGGAGGGGAGCUCUGCGGGCUCCAACAGCAUGAGCACGGCCGGCGGCCUGGAGACGAGCCCCUCGCUCGUCCUGCCCGUCCAGGAGGAGGAGGCCAGCAGCUCCGGGCCCCACACGGCCCUGGACGGGCAGAGACCCGGGUCGUGCCUGGACCGCGAUAGCGUGGGGGCAGCCGUGGUGGGCAUCGGCCUGUCCAGGCAGAGCUUGCUGUCCAGCUCCCUCCGGGCCUCUCCCAGCUGGAGGAAGGACUUGAACUCCUCGCUGAAGAUUGUGAAGAUCGACAAGCACGGCAAGUUCAUCCAGGUUCUGAACGAGUCUCUGGAGGAGAGCGUGGACAUCGGCGGCUUCGUGCUGCAGCAGCUCAUCCAGCAUUUCCCCGUGUGCAUUUACCGGUUCCCCAAGGACACGCUGCUGGCCCCGCAGCACCACGUCACGGUGUGGGGCGAGGGGGUCAGCCCGACGAGGAAGCGCAUGGCCAAGGCGCCCCAAAAGGACCUGAUCCAUUUCUACACCCACCCCGGCUGCGUCACCCUCUUACUGAACCCCGCGGGGGAGGUGAUGAGCCAAUACCAGGCGCCACACUGUGUGACAGAGGCCUCCAAGGCCUUCACUGAUUAUACGGACAUGUCCAUCGACUGCUACCCGCUGCGCGAGGCCCCGGACACGAAGCCCCAGGAGGCUGUAGGCCUGAGGACCAAGAGCCACCGGAGGCAUCUCCCGGCCCGCAAGAAGCCCAAGAUCCCGGGCCCUCCCCCGAGCCUAGAAGGCCAGGCUGGGCCCUACAGGAGCAGGUGGGAUGCGCGCCCCCCUCCCCCACUGCAGCCCCACGAGGGCGCCAGCCCUGCCACCUCCACGCGCCCGGAGCCUCACUCGUCUCUGCCCCGACCCAGGCCCCUUCGCGUCAUCCCCAGCAUCAACGCCAACAGGCCCGGCGGCCCGGCGGAGGCCAGGGAGGCCGCGCUAGGCCGGCAGGACUCGUGUCACGGGGCCAUGGUGCCCCUGCCCAGCAUUCCAGAGCUCUCCCAGCUCCCGGCCAUCGGCAAGAAGAUCCAGAAGUGCAUCUUUAACACAAACCAGUUCCUGCCGCCCCGGAUCUGCAGGAAGUACGUGGACGUGGAAUGCCCGAUGGUGGCCCUGAGCGUGCAGAAGACCGCCGAGAGCCGCUUCGGGCUGAAGCACUUGAACUACCCCCCCAUCGCCAAGUAGCUGAGGAGUGCCUGCGAGGGGGGGGCACAGCCAUGUUUCCCAAUACACAGCCUUGAGCGGCUGAGCAGCCCCCGUCCAGAGGCUCCACGCGCCUGCCAGGGCGCCGGGCCGGGGCGUGGGGGCAGCUGCCGCGUCCCAGGGCCCCAGAGCCCCGGGGGGCGCGCAAGGAAGACACCAGCCACCCGAGCGCUCGGCUGCGUAAUUUCUCUAUUGACCGGCGAUCCCCGAAAAUAAACCCCGUUUCUGGCCA